GACUUAAGGAUAUGAAUAAUUUUACAUACAUAUAUUAAAAUUAAUUUAUUUUAUUGUCGUUUUUAAAAAGUAACUAAUAUUAUGUUAUAAAAAAUGUCUAGUAAGCAUGAUCGUUACAAGGCACGUGAAAUAAAUUUAAUGGGCGAUAAAAUUCAUAGAACAGAAUCAAUACAUAGCAAUGAUGGCAGUGAAGAUAAAGAUGAACUAGAUUUUUUCUUCCACGAUGUGCCGUACUCUUCAAGCAGUAGUACCUUUUCAAUACCGUGGGCAAACGAAGGCGACGCAAUUAAACAGAAUCAAUAUGAUUGGGAUCAAGUAGAAAAUAUGUUAAGUGGAGCUGCACCGUUGCCAGAGGAACCAGAACUUCGUAAUGAAAUACAGGAGUGGCAGCAAAAGUUUCCAACAUUACUCAUAACGUACAAAUUUCGAAUGGAUAGUUCUAAAGAUAUGUUAUGUAUAAGUGGCACAAAGUUUAGUUCACAAGAGUCUCUAGAACUAGAUUCCAUAUCGAAUUUAAGCUUAAACGCAUUUGAUGGGAAUAAUAAAAUAUAUGAUUUCUUUAACAAAACAGAUUACAAAAAUAAACAAAAAUUAAGCAGCCGUUUUGAUGACGAAGAUGCGGAUUUAAAUCUAAUGAAAACAAAUAACAAUAUCCCGGAAUGUAAGGCUUUGGGAUUAGUGUCUGUCCCAAUAGUAUUACAUAAAAGAUACCAAAAAAAUAAAAUAGAAACGUGCAAAAGUCAAAGAAAUGUUUCUGCUUCUUGCAACCCUACAUCAUAUGAUUUCGGAGAUAUAUAUGUGUCUAAUCCUGCCAACAUAAAUAAAAAGAAUGUCCAUAUGCCACCUAUUACAAAUUUACUGGAAAAGAAAACUAAUUUUGUUGACCUAAAAAAAAAAAGUUUUGUACAACUUACACAAGUUCAACAAGCCGAAUCAGCUAUGAUUGCAACUAGCCGGAAAAAUCAAAACCGAGAAUAUUUCCCACGUAAAGCACCUUUAACGACUAUGGACCACUUGAAUAAUAAAAGCUCUAUUAUGUUACCUUCAAUUAACGAAUUAUCAAAACAGCAAAUAAAUAAACCUGUAACCAAUUCAAGUACAGAAGAAUCAAUGUACAACGUUUAUGUUAAAUCAUAUUCUGUAAAAAGAGAACCUCAACGCUUUGUGUCGCAAAAUAAUUUAAUAUUUAGAAGCCUAUUCCCCGUGGCUCCACCAAGUGGACGUUCAAUAUCAGCAGCAAUGCUGCACCAACGUCCUGAAAUAAGGACUUUUUUACCAAAUAGUGCAUCAAAAUUUAAGAUGUUUAAUUAGCAAUAAAACAAAUAUAUAUAUAAUAUACAUCAAUAAAAAAAAUUUUAAUGUUACACAAUUUGUUAG